AUGGAUAUAUGGCUAAUCGCAGCGACUGCUGCUACUGGAUAUAUAGCUAAGCAAUUGCAGAAUGUAACGAAAGGCAAAGACAACAUUCUCGAAUCCUCUUCUGAAGAUGUGAAGCCUGAAGAAUCUCCUCCUAGAUGCCUGCUUAGCAGAUUUGCAAGAGUCAAGACGAAGAAUGAAAACAAGUUUGCAGAUGAGGAAAAUCCGGAUGCAUAUCUAGUGGAUGCACCACCAUCUACCAGUGGAGAGAAUUUGGAUAAUCAUUCAGAUUCUUUGUUUGGUUUAAUGCCUGAGACUGAAUAUGGUGCUCUUGGAGGUGACACAGAGGUGAAUACUUCAUUUAGGCAGAGAAGAUUCAUCAGGAGAAACCAGCGGUACAGGCGGUUAACGAAACCUUUGAGUUCGCUUGAAAGCUGCUUGAUGUCUCGGUUCCAUGGAGAGCAAAUGACAAUGGAAGAUUACAUGACAAGCCCAUUUCCAUCGCCAGUUUCAAGGCCGUUGCUCGUGACUGAUGGCUCUCGAGUCAUUAGCAAGAGCAAUGCAGAUUCUUUGUGGCUAAACCAACAUAGUAUCCUCAGUGAAGAUAAGGCUGCACUUAGUUGCAGAAUCUCAGGGUUAGAGUCUUUGGUUGAGAGAGGAGUGGGAACUGAGAAGACCAAGAGAAGAGAACAUGGUGAUGCAACGGUGUUGCUGCAAAUCGGGAUCUCGAUUGGGAUAAUGUCCUCGUACAUGGCAAGCCAAGCCGAAGUGAGCAAAGUCAAACAAGAACUGAAGCAAGCAGAGAAUGAGCUUGAGAUGAAAGACUCGUUGGUAGUGCAGGAGGUAGAUACAGAAAAGGCAGCUGAGAAUUCAGAGUCUAUAAGUAAUAUUGAGGCAGAGCUUGAAGCUGAACUUGAAAGGCUAGAAAUCAACAUGAACUCCUCCAACAUUGAUAUCAUCGAGAUGGAGCCGGACUUGGAGGUGGAAUUUGCACAGGGUGAGCUGAGAACUGAUCUGGUUAGAGGGAAGCGUCUAGAUGAAACUGAGUCCAACCAUGAUCCAAGUGGUAACGCCACACCUGAGCCAGGAAACUAUGCUGUCUCUCCACGUGAAUUGAGCCUGAGGUUGCAUGAAGUUAUCAAUUCACGUCUUGAGAAACGGAUUACAGAGCUCGAGACUGCACUGCAAGAGAGCCAGAAGAAGGUGGAGAAGCUGGUCACGGAGUCAGAGAGCAAAAAGACUUCAUGGUCGAGGUUGUGGGAAACUCCUGAAGUGAUGACAUAUAAGAGUGACUCGAAAGUUCCAGUUGUGAUAGAGCAGACCAAGUCUAAUAAUCUUGCUGAGAUUCAACCUCUGGUGAUGAACUUGACAGGGGAAGCACUUGAUGCAUUCAAUGACUCUUACGACGAGUUGAUGAAGAUAAAUGACGACUCUGAAGAUGAUGAUGAUGAUUCACCGGUGGAUAUGCGAGAGAGCGGGCUUCAUCAGGAAGAUUUCUCUUCAACAAACAAGAGCUCACCUUGGAGCCAUCAUAAGGAUGAUUCCAUGUUGCAGGAGCAGGAACUGCUAGACUUUAUUGGUUUGGAAGAAGAAGACGAAGAAGAAGGAAGCAGUGACUUUGAGAGUGAAAUGGAGAAGCAGCUGAUAAAGCAGAUUGUUGAGAAAACGAAACAAGGUUCUCCUGUUGUGUUGAAUGCUCAGAAAAUGCUGUUUCUCAUGGAAGAAACAGAGCAGAAUCUUUAA